AUGGAUGAUGAAUACAAAGAUUUUGCAUUUGAAAUUCAAGAUAAGGGAAAAUUUGAUAAAGAAAUAAAAUGUUCAGAUACAGAAUUAGAUCCUAGAUGGCUCAAUCAGGAUUUUCUUAAGAGACUCGAUGAAAUAUUAAAACAAAUCUCUAAUUUAUUCGACGAUCCAGAAAACAAUUUGCAAAAUAUAUCAGAUUGUUUCAUGGAACUCCACAGCAUGUUCACAGACGGAGCUAGCAAUUGUUUUAUCCCAAAAUUAGAUAUUUUUAUAGACAAUUUCAUGAUUUAUCACCUAGUUGAAAUGGUGAAAAAUACUGAUAUCAUUGGGAGAAAUCUGUUAUUGAUGACAUUGAAUCUAAUUUUCGAUUUUACAAUGGGAGAUAUUUUUUAUUCAAAACAACUAAUUGAAGAAGACUACAUAGAUUACAUCGUCCAUCAAUUGCAGAUACAACAAGAUGAAAUUAUUAAUACAAACAUUAUUUACACAUUGAAUAAUUUAGUUUUUGAUUGUCCUGAUGCUUUUUCAGAAAAUAUCAUUGAAAUUUUAGAUAAUACAUUAUACAACUCACGCGGAAGCGAAACUUUACCUAUUGCAAAAUUCAUUCGUUUAUAUACAUACAAAUAUCCAAUUACAUCAUUUAACAUUCAAGCUCAUAUAAUCGCCAUAAUAAGAUAUUUAAUAUUACUAAGCCAAGAAGACAUAGAUGAGAACGUUGGAUACAUUUAUAUAAAUACUUUAAGAAAUUCUCCUGAAAACAUGAAAAUACAUCCAAAAGUAAUAGGUAUAGACUGCGUUAACGAGUUUAUUACUAGAAUUACAAGCUAUAAUACAAUUGAAGCAAUGCAUUUUUUAUAUCAUUUAAUUAACACAUUUCCAGAAGUUCUUCCCCAGUUAAACAUAGACUUUGAUGACUUAUUUGAUAGAAUAGAUAAAGAAGAUGCUGAAACAUCAAGAACAAUUUUUAUUAUUUUAGGAUUAAUUUUAGAAAAGAUGGAAGUUGAAGAAUUUGAUUUAAAUUAUGUCAAAUUCAUCUCAUUAAUCAAUGAUUUGCUAGAAAAUUCAUCAGAUGUUGAUUUUCAUUUCAAAUCAGAUUCUUUUUAUUUUAUAACCGUUUUCCUUUCUAAAGUUGCAAUCAGUAUUUUUUCCCAAAUUAAUUUGAUUGAAUAUCUUAAAAUGAUUGAAAAUUAUUUUGAAAAUACAGAUGAAAAUAACAAUUUCAACUUAAAAGUUUGUUGUAUCUUGAAGGUUAUGCAGCCAUUUAUUGAUAGUUUGAAUGAAUCUAAUCAGAAUUUAAAGGAUUCAUUUUAUCAAACAAUCGACAUUGUUUUGGAAUCAAUUGAUGAUUUUAUCGAGCCAGAAUUAGAUUCAUUUAGACAACAAUUUUGUCCAAAUGAUGAAAAUUAA